AUGAGGCUGCACGCCUGUGAGGGGGAGGUCGAGGGCCAGGUGAGCGUGGGGGCCGUCUCCUCUGUGGGCGGCUUUGACCGGUCCGGCAGCGAGUGUGAAGCGGAGGGGAACCUGACGGUUAGGGUGGGGGCGCGGGAGUCGGCCACCGGCCACCAGUGCAGCGGCGCGUCCUCAGGAGGGCCUGCCAACGCCUUCGACUCCGACGCGCCCCACGCCGUCCCCUGCAAGUUCAUCAUCUCUCUGGCCUUCCCAGUGACCGCGGGUCACAAAGGAAAAUAUUCCAGUUUGGUUGAAAAAUAUAGGACACACCCUAAAAUGGACAAACCUAGUGCAAAGGGUCUCCAUUACUACCACAUCGAGUACUUCCUCCUGCCUGAUGAUGGGGAGCCUAAAAAGGUCGAUGUGGUGGUGUAUCCAGCCUUGGCCAAAGUGUUCCUGGAUUCAGGAAUAAAGACCAUCAGGCCAUGGCAAGAAGGGGACAAGGUCUGGGUGUCGUGGACCCAAAGUUUUACCAUCAACGUGACAAAGGAGUUACUAAAGAAAAUAAAUUUUCACAAAAUCACCUUGAGGCUCUGGGACACCAAGGACAAGCUUUCGAAAAAAGCCAAGCAUUAUCGAUUAAAACCUUCUGGGUUUCUGGAAGACGCAGGAUCUUUUGGUAAGUCAGGCAUUCAGGAGGUGAAACAUUUGGUUUUAAGUCAGAGAAGAUCGUCCGAACAGGGCAUUCACGUCAAAGAGAAGCUGCACCAGGACCGCGCACCAGGGAAGCCAGAAAAAGCAAGAGAAUGCCUCACGUCUGGACGUGGUGAGUGGAGACGAACGCGUAUAGAGCAGGAAGUUUGGCGACGCUGGCUAAUGUCACCGGCUUCUCACCCAGCAGGAAAGGCACCUCUUCCCAAGAGCACCGAGGAGUACGAGGAGCUGCUCAGGACGGAAGAUCUUGACCCAGCACAAUGUGGUACUUCAAGACCAGUUAUUUCUUUGGGAGGGGCCACCACGACGGAGAUGCAGGAGUUAAUUGAGAGGCCGUCAUUUAGCAGCUUAACAAACUUGUUGGAAAAGCAAAAAUUUCAAAUUAAACGGAAAGCAUCAGACUUGAGGAGGAAAAGCCAGGGCACGCGGGCGAAAUCUCGCGCGAAGACGGACUCCAAGCUGGCAGGCCACAGGAAGCAGGGCACCUUCACCAUGCAGCUGGCGGUGACGCCGCUCCUCGCAGGAUGGCAAACUGUCGUGAGUCGUGGCAGUGGGGUGUCGGCCAACGUCUCAGAUUGUUUUUUGACCCUAAAAACAGAAGUUCCCCUCAUGACUGAAGAGCAAAAGCGGGACUUAAACCCCCUGACCAUAGAGAUCAAGUGUGUUUCCUGCCUUCCCUCACGGCCUGUGUCCUUCGGUGAACUGGAGCGGCUGUGCACCCCCGUGUACUGCACGUACCAGUUCCACCGGACCCCGGUGCACAGGACUGAGGGCCGGCCCCACGGGCCCCACGUCUACUUCCGGGACGUCAACGUCAUCUUCCUUGGGGCCAUGCACCCCAGCGACCUGAGGGAAUACCUGGAGGGCCCCCCCAUGGUGGUGGAAGUUCACGACCGGGACCGCAAGUCAGAGGGCUGCUCCCGCAAGCCCGCCCUGUUUGGGGAGGACCCGCUCGAUGCGUACCUCAACCUCCAGACGCUGAUUUCCCCGAAGGAGACGGAGAGCAGCCCCUUUGAAACCCGGGAUAAGACGUGGCACCCUUACGGGGUUGCCCAGGUCAGCUUCGCCGACCUCCUCCUUGGCCACAAGUUCUUGAACCUGGGCGUCCCCGUCCACAGCUGUGAGCCUCAGGCCACGCGCCCCAGCCACGACAGCAGGAGCAGGAAGGCGGUGGGCUUCCGGGCGCCCGGAGAGGGCCCGCGGCGCGGCCCGGAGCCGAUGCCCGCCGGCGAGUACCUGGAGGCCGGCUGCCGGCUGAAGCUGCGGGUGGGCGUGGCGGGGCCGCUGAGCGCCGCCGAGACCGAGGCCCCGCACGCCGGCCCCGCCGCCCCCCGGCUUGGCCGCGUCAUCUUCGCGUUCACCUCCAGCGAGCUCUCACUGCUGCGCGGCCUCCUGCAGGACGUCGCCGUGAUCAACGCCGGCGCCCUGGGCCCGCAGCCCCGCCCCGGGGACGGCAGCCAGCCGAGCCCGACCGCCUGGAGGAUGCGGGCGGAGAUCCAGGAGCGGCCACACCUGGACGUGCUCACCGGCUUCCACCUGCUGGACGGGCGGGGCCACCUCCUCGUCCUGGAGGGCUUGGCCGACGGGGGCCUGAGGCGGCUGUGGGAGAGCCACCAGAGCCGGGUCCUGCGGGCAGAGCCCGGCUCCUACAAGGCGCUCUACAACUCGCAGCUGCGCUUCCGCCGCCGCCUCUACGCCGACCUGGAGACCGUCCCGUACCGCGUGCACCUGUCCCAGCCGCUGGGGCAGCUGGUGAAGCGCGCGGCGCUCUACGUGCGCAACAUGGCGCCGCCGGAGGUCUUCCAGGCGCUGAGCAGGAUCUACUGCAUCUGCCAUUACAGCUCCAGGCUCAGGGAGGUGAUCGCCGGGGACCUGCUGCCCUCCUCCUCCAUGAUCAGGCAGCUGAGCCUGGAGUUCGGGUUGCCCAUUUCCCCGGAAGAUCGUACAGAGGGAAAACUGCUGGCUGUGUCCCCUCCUCCUGCCCCCAAACUGGAGGACCUCCGGAGCCGGAAUUCCACCCUCACUUCUGAGAUCCAGGCCCCCCAGGAGAAGUACCUGCGGUGGCGGAACACCGUGAUCCUGAAGAACAGAGGCCAGACGGACAGCCUGAUCCAGAAAAACAUCUCGGGGGCCUCCGAGGUCAGCAAGAAGUCUCCCAAGUCUGUUGUGAAGGUGAUCAAGAUCUCAGCCCCGGCCAAGGAUGCUGUCUAUAACCACAGUAUCCAGACCCUGAACUCCACAGAGCUUGCAAAGGAGGAGCUGUAUCGAGAGACGGCCAAGGAGCCGAGGAAGAGACUCACGUACUCCCAGGGCUCCCUGUCAGCCCCAGUGGAGCCUCGGGAUUCAGAGGAGGAGGAGAGAAAAGCCGAGAGGAAGCCCCGCGACGCCUGGCUCACACCCAGCGGGUUCCGAGUGACCGGCACGGGCGGGACGCAUCACCUGGGCCUGCCACCCCUCGGCGCCCGCACAGAGGAGUGGCGGGAGAAGGCACCGUUCGCUAAUGUGCUGGAGCCGGUGCCGCACCAGGAGAGUUGGCGCUGGGGCCGGCGCCACCAGGACUUCGAUCUGCACACGCAGCCACCGCCGUUCUUGGAGCUGCAGCCCCCUCCUGCGCCAAAGCCCGGGACAGGUAACCGGGGGUGGCACCCGUUCUGUUUUAGCAGCCACACUCCUGGGCUGGGCAAUCAGGAUUCGGCGGGGGCUGGUGUCAGAGCGCAGGCUGGGCUGGAACUUCUGGUUCCAGCUGGAUUCAUCACUUGUGUGACGGGGGGCGGGGGGGGGGGCAGGUCCUGCCACCGCUCUGGGCCUGGUUUCUAUGAAAGGGAGGCGUUGGAAGCCGCCGCGGGAGGAAAGCCUGGCGGUGUCAAGGCAACGCCUCCGAUGGACAGACGGCCGGGAGCCGGCCGGAGCGCGAAGCCUGGCCCGGGGAGCACCCCAGGACGCGUGCGCAGCAAGAUGCUGCUGGUCCCGCGGCGGCGAGCAGCACCGCCUGGGAAGGACCCAAACCCUCACGGCGCCGGGGCCCGGCCCCCGCCCCUCUGCUGCCGCAGCCCUCUUCUCACGCGUGAGGACACAAGGCCCUGGGAGCCACCACCAGAGGGCGGAUCGGAGGGUCGAGAUGCUGGUAGGCCAGCUUCGGCCCCGAAGCCUCCCGGCCGGGCGGCCCACGUCCGCUCAGAGCCCGGGGUCGUGUCAGGCAGCAGUGCCCUCGGGGCCUGGAGAAAGCCCGUCGGAGAACUGCGAGAAAUGGCCAACGUGUAA